AGUUCAUUGCGAGUUCGAGAAGCAAGCGUCCGGCAUUCUCUCUCUCUUCUGCAAAUGGCGUCUAGGCUUGCGUCCAACGGUAAUCAGUCUGGUUUAGAAAAUAACGGUGAGCAAAUUAAGUCGGAAGAUAUUCAAAUGAAGAGUGAAUCGGGCGAUAUGGAAACAAAUCAGGCCGACAGCGUUAAAGCGGGCGAAUAUGUGCGGGAACUUCUUAAAGAAAAAAUGGCUUUGGAUCCGGCGCAGUGGCCGAAUGCUAUGCGGCUUGUAGAUCAAGAAGUCCAAAAGGCCCAGGCUCAAGGUGCAAAACUUCCCCGUGAAAACCGAUAUGUGGACAUAUACAGAGAAAAACCCAUCAGGGUCGCAGUCAAAGUACUGGUGCCUGUCAAAGAACACCCUAAGUUCAAUUUUGUGGGAAAACUGUUGGGACCCAAAGGAAACUCACUCAAACGGCUUCAAGAAGACACAAUGACAAAGAUGGCAAUCCUGGGUAGAGGAUCAAUGCGUGAUAAGCAAAAGGAAGAAGAGUUCAGACAAGCUCUCGACCCUAAGUAUGCACAUCUCUCAGACGACCUGCAUGUAGAGAUCGCAGCGCUAGCCCCUCCUGCUGAGGCACAUGCCAGAAUUGCGUAUGCAUUGGCAGAGAUCCGCAAGUACCUGGUUCCCGACAGCAACGAUGAGAUCAGGCAAGAACAGAUGCGAGAGAUCCAGGCAUACUCAGGCCCCCCGCCGGUAGAGAGGGGGGGUGCGGCGGUGCGUGGACGCGGCAGAGUGCCCCCACCUCCUCCUCCUGGCCCUCGUGGCGGACCCCCCCUCGGCAUGCGCAUGGCAGCACCCCGUCCCGCCCCGCCACUGCUGCCCAGGCCCCUCCCUGCCAAGACCAAGGUCCUGUCUAUCCUGGAUCGUGCCAGACAGGCCAUGGAGGAGAGCUACGGUGGCUACGAUGACAUGGGACCAGAGAUGGGACCCACAUCUGGCUUCUACGACUCACCCUCACCGGGAUUCAAUUCGGGACCAGGGUAUGGUGGAGACUACAAUGGUGGAACUGCGGGAGACUACUAUGACACUGCCAACUACAGUGAUGACAUCGGACUGGAUGCAUUCUGGGAGAACCGGUAUUUGUGAAAUAAGAAGAACCCAAGACUGCUCAGGCGGGGCUGUGUCCUGGGGUGUUCCAUGGAACUCAGACAGAGAUGCUACCAUCUCAACCUGUUCAAAUAAACAAAAACAGAUAAACCGAACUCACUUUUAAAUCAUGCUUAACUUUUCAAUAGCAUUUUUAACUUUAAAUGUAUUCUAGGUGCCAAAUUAAUGUCACUUUUCACAGAGCACACAUUUUGCUUUAUGUAUCUACUUGCCAGAAAACGUAAAUUUUAUUAUUUUAGGCAAACCUGUGAAGUAUAUUAAAUCUUAAUAAUUAAUUUUGUCUUGUAUAUCAAUAUAAAAUAGUUGUUUCACAUAACCUAUCAAUUUUAUGCUUUCAAACUUCUAACUGCUGAAUAUCAUGACACAUUUAACAGCGAUUUGAAUAUUUUGUUGUCUUGAUGAAAAUUUUGUCAUUUACUUAGGUAGACCUAAAAUAAGUAUGUUUUUAAUAAAUAUUUGUUCUUGUACUGGGUUUCACAAUUUAAAUUAUAUCUAUGAAUAUAUUACUUAUUUCAAAGAGUAAAUAUUUUUUUCAUGUUAUUGUAACUUUAUAUUAUAAUUUUCCAAAAAUCUUCAUUUUGACUUCAUUAGCAUUUUUAUAUGGAAUUUAGAAUCAAACAAAAUGUGUGUUCUAUGGAAUCCAUACGAAUAGUAAAUGUUAAAUAUUUCAAUUAUAAACUCUAAUAAACUAUGAAUGUUGACCCCCAAAAUAAGUGUUAGGAACCUGUAUAACUUUUUUAUUGUUAACCAUUAUAACGUAAUACUUUUUAUAUCAACAUGUUAUUUCUUCUUUGCAAAUCGGUAUUUAAUUUUUACUCAUUUCUGUAAGUAAGAGUUUGGUUUGCAUUGGUAACAUGCACAUGCUAAGUAGGUGCCAAAAGUAGAUGCAGAUUUUUAAAACUUAGAGAUGUACAUCUGGAGUAAUCUAAAGCAGUGUACUUUAUAUUUUUUACUUAUUUGUUCUAAAGUUAUUUACUAAUUUUAUUGUGGAAGUGGUGAAGUGUGAACUUACUUUUUAGUCUUUCAUUUGUAUUACUGUUGCUCAACUUAAAUCAGGGUGUGUACUAGCCGAAUUAAUUGUAGCUGAAAUGUGCAUGAGGAUCGUUAUUACCACAUAUGGGACAAGUAGAGUACAGAAUAGGUGUAUGAACUGUUAAUAGUUUUGGAAUGAAUUUACAACUCUCCCUAUGAUGAGAGACAGUAAUAGUGUGGUGCCUCAGCAUAGUCAAUGUUCACAUAUCAGCAGAACUAGCAAUAACAUGUGAGAAAUACUGUCCAAACACUAAAAUGUUAGUGAGUUGUAAAAUUAGGAAUUUUAUUGUAUUUAUAUUGAAAGCAUUGGCAGUAAACACCCUGAUAUUACAGUUAAUUCAUGUUUCCUAUACCAUAAAGAACAUUUUUUGAGAUAUACAUUUUUUAAGUUAUACAUUGAUGAUUUUUAAAGAUUGUUUCUAUUCAAACAAAGGUUUAAAUGUGUUGUUUCUAAGAAACAUAACAAUGUUGUAUGUUUGUAGUGUUUAUUAUAAAAGUAAUGUAAUAUUUAAUGUGUGUUUCUGAAGGUUGUGAUAAAUAGGUUUCUCAGCCUUAGUCAUUAAGAUUAUUGUAAUGUGUUUGAGUUUAAAUACCAAUUUAACACUGUGAUAUUACCUAAACAUUUAGUUUAUUUAUACUGUUUGUUACUUUUUAUUUAUUUCUUGGUUUGUUUUAACGUUGUUAUUACUAUGGUUUAAUGUUGUUACACUUGACACGGGGAUCUCGGUUGUGUUGUUUAUCCUACUGAUAUUCCUGUUUUAGUUGGGAAGUUGUGUCUUUUUUGUGAGGAAGGAUAAUAUCAAUAAACUGUUUUGAUUUUAAACUAUAAGCCAACCUUAACAAAGUCAUUGUUAUGUCUACUCCACAUUUAUACAAUGUGGAAGUUGAGUACAAUUCCUAAAUUACAUUGUAAUGUAACUAUUAUUUCAAGAACUUGUUUUAGACAACAGUAGGUAGAAAAAGCUACCCAUUGUUAGUUAUUAAAUAAUUAUUGAUUAUUAAUAAUGAUUAAUUUAAUUAUUACAUAAUAAUAUUCAUCAUUUUUAGUAUUAAUAAUGUAGCCAUUUACAAUCUACUGACUGUCUCGGUGUCCUGAGAUAAGAAAUCUCUGCUAAGAUUUUAUUAAGGUGGGGGCAAGUUGAUGCUAUGUAGGUGUGUGUGGGUUUGUGAUGUCCAAAUAAUUACUGCUUUACUCACAGAAAGCAAAUUAUUCAUACGAAAGUGACAGAACAUAAAAUUACAAUCUAAUGAUAAAUAGUGAGAAGUGCCAGGUUAAUGUACACAAAAGGGGCCAAUUGAUAUUCUUCAGGUGGCACUAGUGUAAUGGUUUAAUAAUUGCCAACGGAAACCAACCUUUAUUUGCACUAACCCAGUUUUCAAUUGGAGCUGUAAUCUCCUUCAGCAAAAGCGUACGAUUUAACUGAAAGCAUACUUUGAAAGCUCAAAAUUAACAGUUAUUAACUUUUUAUAAUUCAAGAGAAUCUCCUUUCACAGAUUUCAAAGAGUCGUACUUUGUUCAAAAUGACGCAACUUGAGAAGGUAAGUGGCUAUUUAAUGUUUCUUUACAUUUUUAUCCUUUCACUUUUACAAUUUUCACAAUUUUGUUUGAUUACAUUAACAACUAUGAAAUAAAAUUUAAAAAAUUAGUCUGUAAAAGUGUUAUGUUUUCACUUACAAAUAUAACUUCACCCUUUCUCUACCAUAAACUAAAACAUUUUACAAACUUUUUUAAAGUAUUAUAGUAAUAAUUCUCUAUGAAAUUUUUCUUGUAGUUUUUAACUAUAUGAAAAUAUUUUAUAUUUUGUGUUUAAAAAUAAUGAGUGGUACCAUUAUUAACAUUGAACAUUUAGUCAAACCAAUGAAAUAUAUAGUAAAUUCUUUCUAUGAUCUGAUCAAACUAACCUGAAACAUAUUUUCAAACUAUUUCUCUUCAAAAGGUAUUUUUAAUAUACUUUCUGAUGAAAAAAUUAAUUUAUUUAAGGAAUGACUUCUUCAGUUUAUUAGUGAAACAGUAUGUCCAGUUGAGUAUUAAUAUUCUUGGAGCCUGUGAAAGAUUCACUUAAUUGCUUGUCCUAUUAUACUAAGUUACAAAAAUGCACAUUUUAUAAGUUGAUCAAUGCUACAUUUUCUUCACCUUUCUAGUCUAAAGUCUUGCCAAUUCUGUAUUUUUUAGCUUAACAGUAUGAUAAUUUCAGUUCCAAAAACAAUAAAUUUGGUGUAACUGUAUUUACGAAUACCAAUAUUAGAUUCCACAGUACUGUAUAAUCCCUGGGCGAAAGUAAAUUGCUUAAAAAUAUGAGUUAUGAAAGAAGGUAUUUUUAAUCAAACAUCUUAAUCAUAAAAAAGAUUCCAUGUUAUAUAUUCUAAAACGUGUUGUUUAAGUAAGCUUUACAGAUAAAAUAUUUACAAAAGGGUUGUGUUAAUGUCAAUGUGGGAAAGUUAUUUCAAUUGUACCCCUAACAUUUGAUCAAUUCUUUAUUUCUGUCGUGCAAUGUUUAGUAUUCAGAGGUCAUGGAAUAUGAAAUGAUCAUAUAUACACAAGGUGUUACAAACGUCUGUGGCUGAUAUUCCUCACUUUAGUCAAUAAUAAUAAUAAUAAUAUAAAUACUGCAACAGUUUUUUUUUUUUUUAAUGCUUAAGAGCAUUUUACGUCAAACACCUAUAUACGUCUUUUAAAUAUAUGCAGUUUUAAGAACAGUUUCCCCAUAGUUAUUCUUAAAAAACAUUUAGGUUGAAGAUUGGUUCUUCUAUUUCCAUAGUAUAACCAGUAAAAAGCAAGAGUUAAUUUUAAAACUACAAGAUUCUCUAGAGACUAAAAAUAAAUUUAAAAACUGUAUCAUUAAACAGAUGGUAUAACUUAAAAAUAAUGCAGGGCUUAAAACAAUUUUGAAUCGAGUAGUCCUUUAUUUGUAUACAUCAAAGUUUAUACAGUUCAUAUAUAAGUACACCAAUUUAAGUAUGUCUAGAACCAUAUGUAUUGUUUUCACUUCUGAAUUCAAUUUUUUGAUCAGGAGAUUAUAUACAACCACAUUAAACUAAAAAAUCUUUAUUUCAGCAAAAUAGUGUUUAACAAAUCAACUCGCAUCAUAAAUAAACUAUAGAAUAUCAAUUAGAGUAAAAUUGUAUUUAGUUAUAAAUAAAAAAGAAGCAACAAAUUAGAGUAUGGUGGAAUACUUAAAAGUAAGACUCAUUUAACAUUUCGUAAGUUUUCAAUGUAAUACUUAUUGGAUCCGAAAUAUGACUAAACUUUCUGGCCUGGUGGUUGCUUUGCUGGGAACCUCCCCCGAUAGAGAGCUUCUUUCUUAGUUAUUAGCUUCUCUCUAGACUUCUUAUUUGUGACAAUCAUGUGUGCACUGCAGCAAUAGUGAGGAGUCUGCACACUACUCCCACAUGUUGACAGCAUUGGACAGGAGGAACCAAGUGUCUGAGAUUAGAAUCGAAUCAAUAUCAACUUAAAAGUUUAUUGGGAACUAAUAGGUAACAAAAUAAUUGUUAUUUGUAUUUAAACGUUACAAACUAUUUAAUUUUCAAUUCAGUUGCUUUAGUUAAACAAUUGGCAAUACUGACCGAUGUUCUAAACUGCUGUGACAAAUGGAUAUCUACCCACAAACCUUCCUCGUCAUUGGUAAUCAAAAGCUCAUUCUCGGAAUAUGUCUGGACUUAACUCUCAUAGCCUUAAAUAAAUUAUGUAAUCUCUGGGCCCAAGAUGCUAGUACCAAAGCCAGUGAACAUGCCCUCCAGCCGCGAGAGCUGAGAGUUAAAAUGAAGCAUCAAUAUUUAACAAUUAUUGCCUUUAAGUGUAAUAAAAAAUUGCAUAUCCUAAAAUACCUUUUCAAUAAAAACUAUAUUACCUUUGGGAUCCCUGGACUGACUCUGUUCAUUUUUUCCCCAGUUCUGCCCAACCUCUAGCGACAUGGAGGCUACGCCACUAUGUCUAGGUCUUGUAGUUGGAGUGCAUGCGCGCACAUAGUCUCUUGUAAUAUUUUGCACAAAGAUCAGUCAUGCCUUUAGAUAUCGAGUAGAACCAUAUUUAUAUCUGCUUGCGAAUAUUUUUCUUAACUGUGCGUAGGUAGGUUAAUUUUGAGGUCUCAGCGCCUUGACACUUACUCUUAGUAUUGAAUGUGCCAAAUGUAUAUGGAUAUCAAAGUUUUGCCUUUUCUAGUUGUUAUUUUUAAAUCAAUUUUAAAACUCAUAUUAGUUUAAAGUUUUUUUAAUUGUAUAUUAUUGCUUUUAGUGUUUGUUCUUCUACAUCAUUGGUGUUGAUUUGGCAUAUUACAAAUGUAGAAAGAAAUGUGCAAGUACCACAUGAAUUUUCAUUGCUGUUUGUAUUUUUUAUUACAUUGUAAAUUACAAUGAAUAUUGUCAUAUAAAGGAAUCUUAUUUUAUAAUUAAUAAGAUAAGAUAUACUUAUGGAUCGAAAGCAUAAUAAUAAAACGUAAUUAUUAUUACGUUUAUUAUUAUUGUAUUUGUUUGUUGAUUAAACUAUUUUACUUCUGAUUUUCAACUGCAUUUGUUUUAUUGUAUGUUAAAUCAAAACUAGUUUUGUGAAAGUCUGAGUAAAUUUUUAUGUUGUUUGAGAUUAGUUUUUCUUGUGAUGUGUAAUCAGUAUUAUCUGGUGAUGAAAGUUAUUGUUAGGUUAUGUUUCUUCACUCAGUGUUUUGCACAUUUCUCAUUGUCCAUUAUUAUUGAUUGUUAAAUCAGUUAGAAAUUCCAAUCAACCACAAAUUUGUUUUUGAGCCGAACAAGCAAUUUAGUUGUUGGUUGUGAUGACUGAACCUGUAAACAAUGCAUUUCAUGACAUUAUUUACUUAAGGGAGAAGCAAAGAAGAAAUAAUGGCUAAACGUAACCAAUGAAUGGAUUGUACAUAGUAAAUGUAUUAAGAGGGACCAUCGCUAAAGAGGUUCUAAAGAUAAACAUUAACUCUAACCACUUGUUGCUCUUCUUCCAUUUUAUUGAUGUUUUCUAAGGCCUACUUUGUUAGAGACUUUUGUCAAUAAAAUAUUGUGUUUGCA